GCAAAAGAGAAAACACUGGACCGACAAGAAAGCCGGAAAGUGAGGAUAGCAUCAGCAGCAAGUACACUUCCUCGGUCUGUAAAUUAACCUCGUAUAUACAAAGUCCUAUUAUUUUCAAGAUUCCAAACGAAGGUGAGGUACCUCAGUUCAGUUUCCGCCUUCACUUUCUUAUUCUGCUUCAGCCAAAUAUAGCCAAUCGUAACAGUGAUGAAGCAAGGAUCAGCAGUAAACAACCAACAGCUCUUGUGGGCUAGAGUGGUUAUGCGGAAAUGGUUUAACAUGAGCAGCAACGAGCCUGAUUACAGUGCUGACCCUGAUGAUGAUAAUGAGGAUGACCCCGAGACUGACUCAGACAAUGAAGGGUGGGGAAAACAGACACGGUUUUGGGACAGCAGAGAGGAACAAGCUCCGACUGAGACAAAUGAAUUUCUUCCAAGGUUAAGAAGGCAAAAGUCGCUAACUGUUAGGUCUGAAUAUAUAAACAAGAAGGAACUGAGAGUAUGUGUUGGAACAUGGAAUGUCGGGGGAAGGCUUCCACCUGUUGAUCUUGAUAUUGAUGAUUGGCUACGCAUCAACGAACCGGCUGAUAUCUAUGUUCUUGGUCUUCAGGAGAUCGUACCAUUAAAUCCUGGUAACAUUUUUGGUGCUGAAGAUACUCGACCAGUACCAAAAUGGGAAAACAUUAUUCGAGAUACACUGAAUAGAGUUAGACCAAAAGCCCCAAAGAUGAAAUCCUUCAGUGAUCCUCCGUCUCCAUCAAAAUUUAAGCCAUCGGAUGAUGUGGCAGACAUGGAAGAAGAAAUUUUACUUGAAAGCGACAGUGACAUUGGUGAGGAAGUCCUUCCUGUGGAUGAAGAUCACAACGUUUAUGAUGGAGGCACAGAUAAGCCGAACACAGAAGAAGAAGUCUUGGCUUCAGAUGCUGCUGAUAUUGGCAACACAGUUGGCAAUGAUUUACAGAGACAGUUUUCUGAAGGAAGGAGGUUGAGUAGGCUAAAUCAUUUCCGUGACGAAAAUUUGUCCCAGAAAACGGGAACCUCAUCUUCUCAACAGAUCAGUAAACUAUCCAGAAUGAUUAGUAGUUCUGAUAGAAUCGGUUUGAGUUGGCCAGAGCCACCACUGCAUUUGCUAUCUCAACCAUUGAAUAAACCAACUUCUUUUAAAUCUAUCAGAUCCUUUUCAGCAUCAAAGUCUUUCAGAACAUGUCAUUCUUUCAAGCCAACCAUGGAUGACAUAAUUUCUCUUGCUGAAAUCGACCUCGAAGCUUUGAUGAAGCGGAAAAGGAGAUCAUCGUAUGUAAGGAUAGUAAGCAAACAGAUGGUUGGGAUUUUCAUCACCAUAUGGGUUCGUCGUAGCUUGCGUAAACAUAUCCAGAAUUUAAAGGUCUCAACUGUUGGUGUCGGUGUUAUGGGCUAUAUUGGUAACAAGGGAUCAAUAUCUAUCAGCAUGUCUAUAUACCAGACACUCUUCUGUUUCAUAUGCACCCACCUUACGGCAGGUGAAAAGGAAGUCGAUGAACUUAAAAGAAAUGCUGAUGUUCGCGAAAUACAUCAAAGAACCCAGUUUCCUCUUGCUGAUAUUGGAGUUCCCAGAAAGAUCCUUGAUCAUGAAAGAAUAAUUUGGUUGGGUGAUCUGAAUUAUCGAAUCAACUUGUCGUAUGAGAAAACAAGAGAUUAUAUCUCAAAAAAGCAAUGGUCAAAAUUGAUUGAGAAAGACCAGCUUACAAAAGAACUGGAGAAAGGUGUAUUUCAUGGAUGGUCAGAAGGUGCAUUAAACUUCCCACCAACUUAUAAGUAUGAGAUUAAUUCAGAGAAAUAUUAUGGAGAGGACCCAAAGGUUGGAAGGCGAAUACCAUCAUGGUGUGAUCGUAUUCUUUCUUACGGCUUGGGAAUGAGAUUACUUAGAUAUGGAAGGACUGAACUUAAAUUUUCAGACCACAGACCAGUGACAGCCACAUACAUGGCAGAGGUUGAGGUGUUCUCUCCAAGGAAGCUGCAGAAAGCCCUGACUUUCACUGAUGCAGAGAUUGAAAAUGAAGAAGUCAUGGCAAAUUUAGAGACACUGUACGAGUUCUGAAGUAUUUAUUGAAUUUGAAGGAACAACAAUGGUAGCGAUUGCAACUUCAUAUUGGAUUUUUCAUUUUCAUUUUCUUUUUACUUAGCAUUUUACAGAAAGCAGUUGUAUGAUUUUUGUAAAGCAUAUGAUGAAUAAGAUGUAAAGCUUGUUGGUAAAUUGGGUAUAUUCACUUGAGUCGGCUUAUCAGUGAGGGUUUGGAUUAGUUUGCAUAAAGUUACAAACUUCACUGCACUCAUUGCACUAAAAAGAAGAUUGCUGCAGUGUGAUUAACAUUGUAUGUAAGACCUUUAAUGGGAAAAUCUCUGUAUGCUUAUAAAAAUAAA